AACCCCUUCCCUCGCCUAAGCUUCUACACGAAACCGAGCGGAAACCCUAGCGUCCUCUCCCCUAAGCCCCAAUUUCAGGACCAUCCAGAAGCAUCCUUGGAAGGGGGCAUCUCCGAUGGAUGGCGCCGCCACCCCGCCAGCGUCGUCGUCUCCGUAGGAACACUCCGGCAGCACAGUGGAUCCGGAUCUCCGCCUCCCGGCGGCCGCCGCGAUUAUGGAAGAGAGGCAAGGAUACGCGGAUACGUUACUCAGGACGACGCUUCAACUGCUCCUGAAGGGUGUCUCCCCCGAAAUCAGGCGCCAAGGCCUGAACCUGAUGCUGCACCUGUUGAGAUAUAGGUGGGAUGAGCUUUGCAUUGAGGAAUGGAGUGCAUCCAGUGAUGUUGCUGAUUUGGUAGCAGGGCUACAUGGCGCCACUGAUAUAUCACCUUCAAAGAAUGCUAUAGCUGCUUUAAUGGCAGAGGUAAUUUGGAGUGGUGGAAUUUCUUUGUUGAAUGCCCUGCUACCUUCAAUUAUUAUUCUAGCAAAGAGAGGUCCUGCUGAGGCUGAGUUGGCUGCGUUAAUUUUUAAGUGGAUUUCGGAUUUUGGAACUGUUUGUACAGUGGAUUUAGAAGGUGGUCAAUCUGAAGCAAUUUUAUGUGGUCUAGAUGAGGCUCUGCCAAGUAUUAUGGUGAUCCUUUCAUCAUUGCUCGAGAAAUAUGGUGGAUCAUUUCUUACCAAACACCCAGAGCAGCUAACUGUAUCAAGUAAAAAACAUGGGUUGACAGUAGCAGCUUGCUUGCUUGCUGCAAAUGCAUAUGCGGAGUGGGUCCCAGUGGUUCAUCUUGCCAAAUAUGGUUUAGUUGAGCGAUGCAAGUCCUUCCUCUAUUUCAGCAAUCCCCAUGUUCUUGCUUUGAGUUUUUUUAAGGUCAUCUGUCAGAGAAGAAGACCACCUUACGAUACAGAGGAUUAUGACACCAUAAUGAGCUUGGUCUUCUGGAGCUUGAUAAACAUUUCAAAAGAUUUUUUGAUCAGUGCUAAAACCCAUUGUGGUCUUCUCGAUGAAUGCCUGCUUGACUUUACAGGGCGGAUUUGUGAGUGUUUGAUUGCUCUGGGUUCCUUUAACAUGCAAUUUAUUAUUAAAGACAGAAAUAGGGCCCCCGUUUUCUUUCGACAGAUGCUGGAAUAUUACCAACAUGAUAAGAUUGCACUUCAUUUUCGGUGUUUGCAGUUUUGGCUGAUGGUGCUAAAGGAGCUGCCUAAAGAAAAAUAUGUAGUCCCUUAUCCUGGGCCUGUUGCUUCUCCUGCAUCUCUCAGGAAUUCAACUGAGAAGGGGAACAAUGGUGCAAUGGUUUUUGUUAGUGAUGAUAUAUGUGAUGGAAUGUUGGAUAUUUCAUUCAAAAGAAUACUCAAGAAAUCUGAAGUUGCAUCUCCAGAGUUGAUGGAGCUAUGUAGCGAUGAGGUUCAUGGAAAGAAUGGCUUUCUACAGUACCAUUCUCUACUGUUGGAUCUCAUCACAUUUAUUGCUUAUGAAAGACCAAUCAUUGCUGCCAAGAGAGCUGUACAGAGAAUUACUUGUGUUAUUGGAGAUGUGAAAGCAGGAACAACAUACCCCAAGGAUUUGGUUGCUAUUGAAAGUGCGCAGCUAGGGCUUGAAACUGUUGUCAGUGCAAUAUUUGAUGAUGCAGCUAAGAGCAGUCUGGAUGUGGAAUUUCCUUCGCAGAGAAUACACAAGAUAUUUGAACGUUUACUUCUGCAAUUUCUAUCUUUGAAUUGGACUGAACCAAAGCUUGUUAUUAUCCUGGGUCACUAUUUGGAUGCUUUGUGCCCUUUUUUGAGACACUUUCCGGACGCAGUUGGCAUGGUUGUGGCUAAGCUUUUAGAACUAUUGUCAUCAAUCAAUGUUGAUUGUCAUGACCCUUCAAAAUCUCAGUGUGCAAGAUUGCAAAUCUGCUCAGGCAUCAUUCACAUAUCUCAAGUUGCCGAUGGAGCUUCUCUCCCUUCAUAUAUGAAGGAUUUAUUUUCCAUUCCACACAUAACUGAAGAAGAUGUGCUUGCCUUUGUUGAAAGUAACAUAACUGCUUAUUCUGUGGAACAGAAGCAAGCAUGUGAAGAAUGGAAUCAGGAUGGAGGAGCUACACACACCUCUUCUGGCUCUUCUGUAAUGACAUCUCCAAGUACUCAUAUGACAUCAGAACUGUGUCCUUGGGCUCAAAAUGUUCAAAGUCCGGGCUUAUAUGUCGCUCUUUCUUAUUUUCAUGAUCUGCCGACAAUGCAACCUUCUUUCAAUUUGUGUUCUUUAUUUCCUAUAUCAAAUGGCAUCGCUCUUACCUUGAACCAAAAGAAAUUAAACCACAAUCUCAUCCAUUGUCCCCGACUUUAUUACACCUCUUUCCCACAUCAUGGUUCAGUGCCUAUCUCUUGGCUGAGGUUGGGUACAAAAUCCUAUUAUGGAAAUGAAGCCAAGAGUUUGAACCUUAGUCCAGAAUAUCAAAUCAGUACUCAUGUUUCUGAAGGAUCCACUCAGUUUGUUAGUGAAAUAAAUCUGGGUAUUGUGGGAACAAUGUCAUGCCAUCAAGAAAAAGGCCAGCUACUUCUUUUGGAGCACAAUAUCCUAUCUGAAGUAUUUGUCAAUGUGACGUCCUUUCCUAGGAUGGAAGAUGUGGAGCAUUUGCUUCCAGAUCUUUUGGGUGUUUUGAACAAAAUUUGGACCCAGUCAGAUUGGGAGAACAAGUAUAUGCGUUAUACAUAUUGUAUAUCUGGUCUUUUUGGCAACGACCAAUUUAGGAGGACUGUUCAUUCAUUGGUAAAAUCAUUCGAGAAUUUGCUUGGUGGCAGAAUUGUGGAGUUCUCAGGAAUUUGUGAAGCACAUUCUUUAGUGUCUGCUGAUUACUUGUACUCAUCUACCCUUCCAAAGUUGAUGCUUCCCCUAAUUUUGCGGAUUCUUAGGUGUAUACAAAUGCUGUGGAGGGAACCAAAUACUUAUGAUCUGUCAGCAGCAACGGCUGAAGACAUAAGUUUUAUAUUGGAGAAUGGUAAACUGCUUCACAGUGAUGAAGCUGAAAUGCUGCAGAAUGCAAAAAGAUGGUCACAGGAAAUUCGAGCGACCGGGUACAAUGUCAUCCGUUUGUGUGCUUCUGUAAAGGGAGCAUUCUAUGGAUUAUUAGACAGGUCAUCUAUCAUCGAAGUUCUCACAGGAAAUUUGAGAUCAAUGGAAUUUAAUCAUUUGGGAAAGCUCAUACAAGUUGUCUUCAUUCCAUUGAUUAAAUAUUGCCCUCAUGAAUGCUGGGAUGAAUGGAUGGUUGAGUUGUUGGAACCUGUAUUUAGCUACUGUGAAGAGAUCUUUUAUUAUGCAUGGUUCACUUUUCUUCAUGAGGGCCGUGCUAAAGUUACUGCUUAUCUUGGUAAUCCUCACGGACCAGAAGAAAUAGUCAACCAAUUUGAAAAGGAGACAUUGCUUAAAUUUACUCGUUCUGUAUCUGAACUGCUUGGGGUUUUAGCAUCAGAAAAAAUGAAUAGUAGUCUUUCACUUUUGAAUUAUCGAAUAAAAACUAGCAUGAAGGCUGAUGUUCAAGACUUGGAAUCCAUAUCUUCCAGCUCUAUCAUCGGGUAUCUUUUACUCCAUAACUGCUUUGGGAGGUUUAGUAUGUACAUGUUUGGGUGUUUGGUGGAUUAUCAAGCAGUGGAGAAUGCAUUGCCAUUUUGCUAUUCAUUGGUCCAUCUUGCAAGGGCAACUAAUCAUGCGAGGCUGAACCAGUUUAUCCUUAAUGAAAUGCUCCCAACUAUUAUAUUACUACUUGGUGUUGAUGUCAAGAGUGCAAUAUCACAGCUUAGUUGCUCAUUAAAUUCAACCAGAAAAGAAGAUGCUAGGAAUAAUGUUACUCGUCUUUGCCAGGAAAUCUAUGAAGUGUACAUAGAUAGUCAGGUUAUAGUGGGUACUAAUGGGGUGUCUGAUCGCUUUAAAGGUUGGCUAGCUAAGGAAUUGGAAUAUCUUCAUAAGCGUGCUUCUUGUGCUGUGCCUGUGGAUUUCCCAGAGGGUGCCAAAUGGGAUUGGGAGCUUAAUGAAGAAUUUGAAAGAUACCUUCCUACCUAUAUGAGUAUGCUGGAAGAAGUGGAUGCAAUGGAUGGCUGCUUGAAGGAUAAUUAUUUGGACGAUGAGAUUCUUUUUGAGAAACUGAGACCUGAAUUUAAGUCAAUGUACGGCAUUGACAGCUAUUUGCAUCCUUAUUUGAAUACCAUGACGUGUAUGUUACAGCGAAAGAUGCCUGCUGUAUAUUACUGGAAACGUAUCAACUGUAUCUCGCAACAUUUGAACCAACUUAUCACCCUUAAACCAUAUGUUAAGCGUACUGAUUCUUGGGGUAGCAUUUUGAAGCGUCUUUUAGAAAACUAUGAGCCACAGUCUGAUCUUGUGCAAUGUAAUCCAGCAAGUGUGGUUGAUAUUUUCCGUCGUUCAUUAUUGUUUUAUUGGGAACCUCAGUUUCAUCCUUUGAUACGUGAGGCUCAUCAGGAACUGCUGAAAACAAUAGCUUGUCAAUUAGCCUUAGCAGACAAGAGUGUAAUGUUUGAGCCACUGGAACCACACCCACAUGAUUUCUUGGAGCAUUUACAGCCUUAUGCAUGUAUGUAUAUUAAGAGAAAGAAGCAAGAGUUUGGGUAUUUUAGGAUUGAAGAACAAGUACGCAUGCAUGAAGAGUUUGACCAUCAUUUGGCUUCAGGCAUACUGGAUCAUCGUUUGAAUGAGUUCAAUUGUUCUAAGGAUGACUUUGUCCAUAAUUUUGCUGUCAAUGAUUUGGCGAACAGUUCAUUUGCUACACUGGAGCAUGAUCUCAUUUCAAUGUCCUUUGAGCGAAGGGCUAAGAUUGUUGAAUGGGAGGAUGAAAGAUCCUUGUACUCUGAGUGCAUAAUAGGUCUCCUUAAUAAUGAUGAGAUGAAGGAUGAACUUGGAAGUUUGCUGAAAAUGCUGGAUGCAGCAGGCUUUUUCAGUGUUAAUGAUGAUAUGGUGGAUUGGAAUAAUAGAUUGUUUUCAGAUUCUAUAGACAAAUUCAACGAAAUGGUCUUCCCUGGGCGGUGUGUUGGCAGAUGUCUUGUCAUCCAAGGAAUAAUGGAUUAUCAAAAAAUCAUGCAAAUGAAGGAUGUUGCCUGGCAAGAUGCCUUUAAAAUGGUUGUUAGUAAUACAAUUGAUUUGUGGAAGGAAAAUCUCCGACAGUUUUGGCUGACCACAAGACACUAUAAACAUGACUACUAUGAUGUACUUGCGCAUCCACUUCAAAAGGUGUUUUUAAUGGGUGGAGCACCGAAGCCCAGGUAUGGUUGAGAGAUGCAGUGUAUCUGGUGCCGCUCUGCCCCCAACUGACAGAUCACUUGAUCAUCUUUGAUCAAGACCUGAUUCAACCACAUUAUGAUUGAAGCAGUUGUACGAAGGGAACUUUUUUUUUGGCAAAUCAUGCCAGAGAUUGCUGGACUAAUCAGUGCCAACUGAUGUACGUAACACAGGUUAAUCUUGUAAGGAGUGAACCUUUUCUGCUGUAGCUAAUCUCGGAGAAGUCACCUGAUCUUAGUUACUAGCACAUUUUGGACUGAAUCAGUGACUACUGCUGUACUUACCUUGGUCACCGAGUAAGGUUCUUGGUACUAUGGGGUAAAGGGAUUGUGGAAUAUGGUGUUCUCAGUGUUUGGUUGGAAGGA